AUGUGUGAUGCAGAGGAGGACGAGGAACGAUUCGAAAUGGAGGAGAAUGAUUACGACGAUUCAGAAGGUAAUGACAGUGAUGAGGAAAGAAUGGAGGAGGACCCGCCUGAAGAAGACGUAAAAAGCGCCGUGAAACGGGUGGUCAGCGAGGGAUGGAGUGAUGUGGCUGAAUGUACAGCCCCUAAGAAGAAACGCUCAUGA